AUGACUUCAGCACCUAGUCUCAGCAAGGUAUUGAACACCAUGACCACCACAAAGAAAACACUACUUCGUAAGCUCGCCGCUUCUAAGGUCAAUUUUUAUCGUCAUUCUUUGAAGCCUAUUCUUCAAGCCGUUUACGCUCUCUAUCAAACUGGAUAUCUGAAACCAGGGAUGCUUCUCGAUCCGGUUCUCAUCAAUACGAUUGCAGGAUGGUGGAGAAUGACAGGAGCAGAAUUACGCGAAACGGUCCAGAAUGAAGAGUUGAUUCAUGAUGGUGAUGGAUUGACCAGAAUAGAUUGUAUCAAUCUGCUUCUGAAAGAUGUCGUUUGGAUAUGGAAUAGGAAGGAAGGAGAAAAUGACGUUGACGAUAUUUCAAUGCCCAGACCUAUCUUUGAGAUUGCUGCUGCCAUCAAAUUGAAUCCUGAAGCCAUCGAUUUGCUUCUCAGUUCAGUUUAUGCUAAUGCAGUGCUACGGAAUCAUGAUAAGAUAAGUUUCCCUGACUCUCUCCAAUUCAUAACUUUUGACGACUUUACGGAGGGAUUCCCCAAGAAUUUUGCAAAUAUGAAAUCCAAGCGGAAGAUAGCAGAGACUUUAAAAAGAGCACCUGGGUGCUUGAAGCUCGUAAAGCAUCUCUCUGAAAACUACGGAGAAUACUUGAUCCCAGCGAAUAGUAAGUUAAUGAUAUCCGGGUUUCCAAACUCUGUCCGUCAGUUUGUGGUUACUCAAGCAUCGAAGUACUCCCCUGAUACAUCCCAAAACCCCAAUGAUGAGAUAACAGGGCCAAUGGUGCUCUUCCAUGGCACGAGUCCGGCGCAUCUACCAGGUAUUCUUUUAAAUGGCCUUGAAGCGAAAAGCGAACUCAUCGAUGAUAAGAUUUCCACUCUCUUCAUGGCAGAGGAGCCUGCGAGUUCCUACUAUUACGUGGAACGUCGAACCAUUGAGUCAUGGCGCGAACCAGAUCUUUACUCGUACUGCGGGGUUCUGUUAGCUUGUGAGCUUCCACAAACGAGAAAACCAGAUUGGGAUUAUGAAACUCAUCCUGACGGCGAUGUUAAGAUUGGUAGACCCCAACCCAUUCAUAUAUUUGGCCCCGAGGAUACUAGGUUCAUCAAAGUAAGAUAUGUGUUUAUUCUUCCAGAUGAUGUUUCUAGUGACUACUUAUCGGCUCCUACACUUUCGACCUUGAAACCUUUGAUGUUGAAAGCUUUCAAGUCGAAAAUCUUCCAGGGGAUCUAA